AUGGCCAACCCUAUGAACUUCAACCUGGACUAUGAUCGAGAUGAUCGUGUAGGUCGUGAUAAUUCGGGGGACUCGGGGGAUUCGGGAAGCUCAGCACCCCUCGACCCUUCCUACAUGUCUUUUCCCACACAGGUCGGCAGUUAUGCCUUUAGCGCCAUACUACCCCAGGACCCCAAUAUACCCAUGCAGAGUUACGAACGCCCGCCCCAGGAUUUAGAAGGACGCAUGUCAAAUGUCAUGCUCGCCUACGACUCGAUGCCAGCCCCGGUCUCAAUGCCCUCAACCCUGGACCCCAACAGUGCCUAUACCUAUAGUGUCCCGACCACAUAUCCAGCGACCACGAUGGGCCUCACGCAAAUGGAACAGCCACAGUUCCAGCCCGCCUACCAGUCCUUCCCACAAUCAACGCCGGUCAAUUACUACCCCCAUGUCCAUUCUCAGGUUCCACAAUCGCAGCCACAGGCACAGCCGGCCCCGCUAGCGCACAAGGAACCGUACGACGCAAGCACCGAUUCCACAGCCAAUUUCGAGGAUUCGGAUUUCUCAGGCCAGACGAGUGAUCGACCGCAGGCGCAAAUGAUGCUGCAGCCGCGCCCUCAACGGCCACCCCAAGUGCGUCGGCCGCAGCCUGCAGGUUCGUAUCGUGCCUCGCAACCGGUCGCGAUCCAACCCAAGAAACCCGUACCCGCCAAAGGGUAUACUGACGCGGAGGCACCUCCAGGGGAUUUCUCACCGGGGCUGGAAAAGCCCGAGAUUGGCAAGACCGAGCACACCGGUAUCUACUCGAGUAGUGGAUUUGAUGUAUUGGGUGCUUUGGGUCGCGUGGCUAUGCGCGCUAAUCCCAGAAUCAAUAUCGGCGCAGUCGAUCUAUCCUGUGCCUUUGUGAUGUGUGAUAUCUUACGAGAGGAUCAGCCUAUCAUCUAUGUAUCGGAUGCUUUUGAACGAUUGACAGGCUAUCACAAGGACGAGAUUGUUGGUCGGAACUGUCGGUUCCUUCAAGGACCCGAUGGCAAGAUCACCGCUGGUGCGAAGCGGACCUUUGUUGAUGGGCAGACAGUCCAUCGGCUACGGUCGACCAUUGACGAUCGCAGUGAGAUCCAAGCUAGUAUAAUUAACUACCGCAAGGGCGGACAGCCGUUCAUGAAUCUCAUCACGAUGAUCCCUAUUCAAUGGGACUCGGAGGAGUAUCGAUAUUACGUUGGGUUCCAGGUAGAUCUGGUUGAAAAGCCCGAUGCUGUCACGAGGAGAAAUCCUGACGGCACUUACAGCAUUAAUUAUCAACGGGACCAACUGCCUCAAUAUGUAGUCCCACCCCCAGAUGCCUACACGACUCGGCCAGACCUCGUGGCGCAAUUUGGGCACGAUGAAGUAUCUGCUAUCCUCAAUGCAGUCAGCUCAUCUGGAAAUGAAGUUAGCCGCCACUACUUGGAUCGCAUUCUGGUUGAGAAUACUGAUGAUGUGAUCCACGUGGUUUCAUUUAACGGGGAGUUUCUGUAUCUCUCGCCGUCUUGCCAGAAAAUUCUCGAGUAUGAUCCCGUCGAGCUGGUUGGCAAGACCUUGUCUACAAUUUGCCAUCCUAGUGACAUUGGUCCCGUCAUGCGCGACUUAAGGGCGAGCACAACACCCGCUCCAGUAAGUGUGGUAUAUCGCAUCAGACAAAAGUACCGGGGAUACAUGUGGUUCGAGAGUCACGGUGCAUGGCACAUUGACCGGAGUCAUGGUCGAAGACAUCUUGUCAUGACCGGCCGUCCCAGACCCGUCUACGCAUUGGAUCAAAUUGCCCGAUUGGGCUCGUCUGCUGCCUUGGCUGAAAACGAUAUCUGGGCCAAGAUUUCUUUGUCCGGUGUCAUUCUGUUCGUCACGACCAAGGUGAAGCCAGUCCUCGGUCGCUCGCCCGACGAUCUUAUUGGAAAGGGCUUGCAGGAGAUCAUGGAACCCGAGUCUGGUGGCUCUGCCACCAUCACAAACGCUCUGGAUGCAGCAGCUUGCGGCCAGGGUGCAGGCAUGACCACCGUGGCGGGCAGCAACAACGACGUAGAGGAACCCCCCUCUUUCAGACACCAGAUGCGACACAAGAAAGGACAUGUCCUCUCGGCGCAUACAACUAUUUACACCGGUGACGCCAGGAAAGGAAUCAAACCAUCCUUCCUCGUCGCCCAGAUUCGAUUUGCUCGAUCUUUCCCUCCAUCCUCCACCGCUGUAUCGGCUGCAAAUGAUGAAAGUCUUGCUAAACUUCCCGGCACUGCACGAAACUCGACGCUCACCGUUGAUGACCCCUUGCCGCCCCGCCAAUAUGGUGCCCUGGGUCAACGGAUGCCCGAUCUUUCUCACCUGAUCGGACUCAAUGGUCUGCCAGCCGGCAACCGUGACAUCUCACCCACCUACGACCCAGCAACGUUCUUCACAGAACUCAACCCCACCCGCGGCUCAAGCUGGCAGAUCGAGCUGCGUGAGCUGGAGAAACAGAACCGCACUUUGGCAGAUGAGCUGCAGCGCCUCCUGGCCCGGCGUAAGAAGCGCAAGCGCAAGCAGAGCGCCAUCUCCGUCGAAAAGGCGUGCGCCAUGUGCAGGACCAAAAAUACUCCAGAGUGGCGCCGCGGUCCCAGUGGAAAUCGUGAUCUUUGUAACAGUUGCGGUCUUCGGUGGGCGAAGCAAGUCCGUGGUCAGGCGCAGGCGCAGGUUGGGACUUCUGUGUCGGCAAUUGCGGGUGUUUGA